AUGGCGUCGGCAGAAUCGUGCGUCUGGGCGCUGGGCUGGCCGGGCCGCAUCGGGCGCUCAUCUUACCUGGCGUGCCACGAGAAGCCCAGCUGGAGCCCAAGAGCGAGCCGAGACCGACUACGGCUGGCCUCCGCCGCCCCUAUAAGACGGAAGACGCGGCGUCGUCUCCUCCCCAAUCUGAAUCGCCUCGAGUCGGAAGCUAGAGUUCCAAAGGGGCCUUCUUUCUCGGCCGGUUCGUCGUCGGAGGUGGUAGUGGUGGCGGCGGCGACCAAGCCAACGCGUCGUCGUGGUGGACAGAAGGGGUCUCCGAAGGACGGUUCGCAGGAGAAGGAGGCAGUGAUCAUGCCAGGGCGUCAUGGUCGACAGAAGGGGCUUCCUAAGGCCGGCUCGCAGGGUGGCCAUGGCAAGUGCAAGGGAGGCCCUCUUCCUCCGGCGAAGAACAUGAUGAGUGAAGAGGAGGUGAUGUCCAUCCUGUCCUGGGAAAAGCCUGCCCGCUUCGACCGAAAGAAGAGCAAGUACGCCGGUUUCUUCAACAAGUUGAGGGAUGAAAACUUCAAGUACCAGCAGGAGAUCAAGGAUGAGUUUGAGGAGAAGGGCUACGUCGAGAUCCCCGACAACUUCCGGGAAGACACCAACAGAAUGAUGCGUGAGGCUCACAGGAAGGCGUACCUGGAGGUUUUUGGCACCGAACCGCCAGCUAAAUUCGAGUAGAUCGGAGGAGCACUGUUAUUUCACCGUCUAUCUAUCCUAGUAGUAUUGAGUGGAGCACUGUAGUUUGCAGUAUUUGUAUUAAUAUCUAUCCUAAAAUUUCUAACUAUCUUAUCUGCCUCUCAUGCACUCAUAUGUUGGAGC